CUGGUGAUGUGCUGGCCAUGCAGGUGCCCAUCCUUCUGCCAGGAGACUGGAUCCUCUGGGUGUGCUUCCCUGCAUGGGAGUGUUGUUUCACUUGACCAUCAGGGAAUGGGCAGUGGCUUGGAGGAGGCCAGCUCAAGGCAGAGAGUGUCUGCUCGUGGCCAUGUGAGGAAUGUCCUGGCCCAGGGGAGCGGGGCCGGGGGUGAGAUCAGCCUGUUCCCAGUGCUGUGUGGGUCUGAUGCAGGAAGCCCUUCUUGUGAAGGUGUCAAGCCCAUGUGAGCCCUGGAGCUUCCCACAUGCUGCUCCCUCCCUCCUCAGCCACAACAUAAACCUCUCCUGGUUUAUGGCCCUAGGUUUCCCAAGGACAACAGAAUUUUGCAUGAGACCGCCAAGAGUUUUUGCCCUUUGGAAACAAGGCCUGGCUCCCAGCCGGGAUCAAUGGCCUGGAGUUUGGAGGGCAGGUGCAGUUGCUCCUCCUGGAUCCAAGGGUUGGUGUAAACCCUGAGUGGGUGGGGUGUCUGGAAAAAGCUAAAAGGAACUAUGAGAGAGCAGAGCAAACAGUGAGAGCUGGAGCAGAGGAGGACAAGCAGCAUGGCUGGGCUCCACGUCCGCUCCGUUCUGGUGACUGGGGCCAACCGAGGCAUCGGCCUGGGGUUUGUCCAGCAUUUCCUGAGGAUGCCAAACCCACCUCAGUGGAUCUUUGCAGGCUGUCGGGACCCCAAGGGACAGCGAGCACAGGAGUUGCAGAAUUUGGCCUCCAAGCACCCCAACAUCAUCAUCAUCCCGCUCGAAGUCUCUGACCCUGCCAGUAUCAAGGCAGCUGCAGCCAAGGUUGGGGAGCACCUGGGGGGCUCUGGGCUCAACCUCCUCAUCAACAAUGCUGGAAUUGCAAAGCCAUGCUCCCUUGAUAAUGAAACACCAGAGGAUAUGAUACAGGUUUACACCACCAACACGGUUGGACCCCUGCUGAUGGGCCAGGCAUUUCUGCCCUUGCUGAAGAAGGCUGCCCAGGGAAGCCCAGGCUCAGGGCUGAGCUGCAGCAAGGCUGCCAUCGUCAACAUAUCCAGCAUUGCUGGCUCCAUUGACACCAUGUUUGUGUGGGAGUUUGGACAAGUUGUCUCAUACCGCUGCAGCAAGGCUGCUCUGAACAUGCUGGGCAAGUGCCAGUCCCUGGCGUACAAGGAGCACGGCGUCCUCUGCCUCACUUUCCACCCCGGCUGGGUGCAAACUGAUAUGGGGGGUGGAGGAGAAUCAUUCAAGCCUCCCCUGACAGUGGAUGACAGCGUGCAAGGGAUGCUGAAGGUGCUGUCCUCCAUCUCUGAGAAGGAGACUGGGGCCUUCCUGGACUGGGAAGGGAAGGUCGUGCCCUGGUGAGAUGCUGAUUCAGGAUUCCGACUGUGAGGACCUUUGCUGCCUGCACCAUGUUUUACCUGUCCCUUAGUAAAUGAGUUUCCACAAACAA